GCGAAGGUAGGUGUGCGCAUGCCCGCAUUCAGAAGGCGAAUGCGGUACUGAAAACAAGGAUCGCUGGAGAUACAAGGCGGUGAGCCGGUCAGACCAAACAUAUUGCUCUGUUGAACGAAACAUACAUCUCACCCAGUUCAACGUGAGUGUCAGAACAAGCUAAUGAAAUAGAGGAGACACCAUAGGAUGAACUGAAGGCCCUGCUGGAGAGACUGCCGCUGGCCUUCGAGGGAUCCCGGCGCGAGGACCAGGAACUGACAGCUUCACCUCCACCUGCUGCACCAUGGUGCUGUCCCAAAGACAGAGGGACGAGCUGAACCGAGCGAUAGCGGACUAUCUCCGCUCCAAUGGCUACGAAGAGGCUUACUCCGUCUUUAAGAAGGAGUCCGAGAUGGAUAUGAACGAAGAGCUGGAUAAGAAAUAUGCCGGACUUUUAGAGAAGAAAUGGACCUCUGUCAUCAGGCUACAGAAGAAGGUGAUGGAAUUGGAAUCCAAGCUGAAUGAAGCGAAAGAGGAGAUCACUCUGGGCGGGCCCAUCACGCAGAAGCGGGACCCCAAGGAGUGGAUCCCGCGCCCCCCAGAGAAGUACGCUCUGAGCGGCCACCGCAGCCCCGUCACCCGGGUCAUCUUCCACCCCGUCUUCAGCGUCAUGGUGUCUGCCUCCGAGGAUGCCACCAUCAAGGUGUGGGACUAUGAGACGGGGGACUUUGAGCGCACGCUGAAGGGACACACGGACUCUGUGCAGGACAUCUCCUUUGACCAGACCGGGAAGCUGCUGGCCUCCUGCUCCGCCGACAUGACCAUCAAACUCUGGGACUUCCAGGGCUUCGAGUGCAUCAGGACCAUGCAUGGACAUGACCACAAUGUGUCGUCUGUAGCCAUCAUGCCCAACGGAGACCAUAUAGUGUCGGCCUCCAGGGACAAAACCAUUAAGAUGUGGGAGGUAGCAACGGGGUACUGCGUGAAGACGUUCACGGGGCACCGGGAGUGGGUGCGCAUGGUGAGGCCCAAUCAGGAUGGCUCGCUGCUGGCCAGCAGCUCCAACGACCAGACGGUGCGGGUGUGGGCGGUGGCCUCCAAGGAGUGCAAGGCGGAGCUGCGGGAGCACGAGCACGUGGUGGAGUGCAUCUGCUGGGCCCCCGAGAGCGCCCACCCCACCAUCCUGGAGGCCACGGGGUCAGAGGUGAAGAAGAGUGGGAAGCCGGGCCCCUUCCUCCUGUCAGGAUCCAGAGACAAAACCAUCAAGAUGUGGGAUGUGAGCACGGGCAUGUGCCUUAUGACUUUGGUCGGCCAUGAUAACUGGGUGCGGGGUGUGCAGGUUCACCCUGGCGGCCGCUUGGUGCUGAGCUGUGCUGAUGACAAGACUUUACGCAUCUGGGACUACAAGAACAAGCGCUGCAUGAAGACCUUGUGUGCCCACGAGCAUUUCGUCACCUCUCUGGAUUUCCACAGGUCAGCGCCGUACGUCGUCACUGGCAGCGUAGAUCAGACUGUAAAAGUGUGGGAAUGCCGCUGAUCGUCUCUGCCAGGCCACGCCCACGCCCCGCCCCGCCGGAUGCCCUCAGUCCCCCCAUGGUUACGCCCAUCGAUCUCUGUUUAAAAUAACUAUCGUCCUUUUAUGUAAAUUAUUCUCGAUGUAGAUUGAGCUAUUAAAUGUUACACGGAAAAAAAAAGUAUUCUUGCAUGGUGAAUCCAAAAUUGUAUACUGUAAAACUGACAUAAACUUUGUCUAGGAGUACCAUAGGUUUAACCAGCCUGAGCACCCGCGGCCCUGGAGCGGUGACACUGAUACUGGCGAUUAACGCCGGGCACUAAACUUAUAACUUGAUGACCGUGUCCUUUCUCACGUGUUCCAUUUGCUCUGUAUAUAUAUAUAUUUUUUAAUUUAGGAUUUUUUUUUCUUUCUCUUGAUUGUGGUUGUCUGUGAUGCGCCCCUGUUGUGGGACGGGAGCAGGGAGGGGGGAGGGGGGAGGGGGAGGGGGGUGUGUGGGCUUGCUGGGGCACCCGCUCACACUUCCCUCACGUUCCAUCCAGACCAGCGGCACAGGCUUUCUUUCGUUGUCAUGGUGAACGUCUCACAGAUUCGAACCUGACGGAGGUGGGUCAGAAACUGCAGCGCGAAAUAAUUAGGGGGUUAUUGGGAAGGAGAGGGGGCGGGGUGGGGCGGUUGUCCAGUUUGGCUCGUUUUAGGCCACAAAGGACGUUUGAAAAGGCGCCCCGUGUCUUUUGCACGCACGGAGUACAGGCAGCGCUGUGGCUCCGCCUGCUGCUGUAGUUGGGCGGGCUGUGGGAGGGGCCUGGCACAAUGUGGGCGGAGUUACUUGCGUAGUAUGACGCGGUUGUGGAGCCUUGCCCCUCCGCAGCUAUUUGGCAAAAGGAUACGAGAGGGUUCCCGAAAAUAAGACUCCCAUUUUUAGAAAAUACAGAAGCAAGAAGUGUGACUGCUGGAGCACACAAAUAGGAAGGGAAUUUACCGUAUUACUUCUAAUAAUCAGUCCCUCACCUCUGAGGCUCCUGCUGCUGGGCGGUUUUUGUUUGUUGGUGGAGCUAUUAGCAUACGUGUAAAUCUUUGUGUCCAUAGGGCAUUCAGCUGCAUAAAUGUUUGUGGCUCACUGCUGUCUUCGGAGAGCAGUUGGCAGAUGAUACAAAUGUACAUUCCAUUAUGUGACGUGGCUUCGCUAAGCUAGCUCGCUGGCCUUUACUGGCCUGUAUGAGAUAAGGUUGCUCGCUGUGGUUUAGUGAGCCUGGUUAUGCUAAAUUAGCUUGCUCUGGAUUACCAAGCCUAAUCACGCCGAGCUUUGCUGGAGUUAACUGGACUAAGCUAGCUUGCCGGGGUUUACCAGCCUAUGAGCGCUAAGCUAGUUUGCCAGGGUUUACCGGCUUAUAAGCGUUAAACUAGCUUGCCGGGGUUUACUGGCCUAGAAGCGCUAAGCGAGCUUGCUGGGGUUUACCAGCAUACAAGUGUGAAACUAGAUUGCCGGGGUUUUCCUGGCCUUCAAGCGCUAAGCUAGCUUGCCAGGGUUUAACGGUCUACAAGCGCUAAGCUAGCUUGCCAGGGUUUAACGGCCUACAAGCGCUAAGCUAGCUUGCCAGGGUUUAUACGGCCUAUAAGCGCUAAGCUAGCUUGCUGGGGUUUACUGGCCUAGAAGCGCUAAGCUAGCUUGCCAGGGUUUAACGGCCUACAAGCGCUAAGCUAGCUUGCCAGGGUUUAUACGGCCUAUAAGCGCUAAGCUAGCUUGCCAGGGUUUAUACGGCCUAUAAGCACUAAGCUAGUUUACGGGGGUUUACCAGCCUACACACGUUAAGCUAGCUUGCUAGUGUUGCCUGGCGUACACGCUGUAUCUCCCAGCUACAUUGAGGGAGAGGUGAGAGAGCGUUGAUUCUGUCUUUCUGCACGUUGCUGUCUUUUAUGGGUACAGUGGCUAUAGAUAUUAAGUGCAUAGCAGGCUAGAUGGCUGGAUAUAUCUUGCUUUAGAGAUUCUGCCUGUGUAACAAUACCAAAAUGUGUGCUUGACUGCAUUGUCUAUUUAAGGGCAGUGUUUAUUAGAAGCAAUACGGUACUCAAAGCCUGACCAAGUGACUAGCACCAUUUCCGCAAGCGUAAAUUUAGCUUGAUUCUGAAUUUUGAAAAAUGGUUAAUGAAAUAAGUUGUAUGUGCAUAAAAAUCUAAACUAGUCGACCAAUUGCUGGACCUUACGAGUUUUUUUGUCGAGCAAAAAGUUUGCGAGAAUGCAAGAGGUGCAUUAUUGCUCAUGGAAGUGAUGUAACUGGCAGUGGCAGCUUGUGCUAUCGUGUGAGGCUUGCUCUAAUUGUGAUUAAGCCCGUUUAGAAACUGUGGUCUCUGUGGACUGUAAGCGAUCAGUGAAUUAGCCGUGGCAUUCUUAUCCAAAUGCUGCUUUAGAAUGGGCGCCAGUGUCCGAACUCAGCUGUGCUUCUGUCCUCUUUACAACUCUAAAGAUGCUCGGUCAUGCGUGUGCACGUGCAGCCCCGCCCUCUCUGACGUGUUACCGCCGUCCGAUUGGUGGAUGGUCCUCGGAUUUGUUGAAGGUAGCGAAUAGGGGGAUUUGUUGGAGAGCAGCCUCCCCCGCAGGGCUGCAGUGAGCGGUCUCUGGUCCAGAGAAAAUGAACGUGUAGCCUUUUCGUUUUAAUGAGUGUAAUUAUGAGCAGCGCGCGACCAUGGACCAGCACAGGGGAGCCAGCUCCACCUGCAGACGAAGCAGGGCCUUUACCUAUGAAUCCCUCCUCAUCUGAGGCACGUAGGUAGUUACCCAGUGGUUGGGAAGAGGUGGGUGGAUGGAUAUUGAAGAGUUGGGUGUGGAAGUGGAAGAGGUGAGUGUGUGGGUGUUGAAGAGGAAGAGGUGGGUGGGUUGGUGUUGAAGAGCAGGAGGUAGUCUGGGGAGGGUGUAGUGAGCAGGAGAGUUCCCUCUCCGUGGGGCGAUGCUGUCCCAUGUUACCCAGAGUUCAUUUUGUCCGUAACUGCACCUGUCCUUCAUAUACCCCAAACCACAGUCACAUGACGGAGCCGAGAUUAUAGGCUUCCCUCUCACCUGCUUGGAGGCGGAGCUUCCUCCAUCACCUGGUUACACACAUAGGAAUCUAGGUCUUUACCCCAGUGUGAAUCCCUGGCCUGUACUGCAGGGGAGACAGACAGACAGUCACUGUGCUGCCGGCACGUCUGUCUGUCUGUCUGUCCGUGCUCUCCUAUGUAAAGACUGAACUUCUGACUCGCUGCUCCUGUGGGAUUUUCACGUCACACUGUCUCAAUGUCCACACAGCAACUUGUUAACAGUAUGUAUGGAUGUCAUUGUUUGCAACAUAAUUAAAAAAUUCAUCUGUAAAAA